GGGGUGCCAUUGAAGUUUUGCCUCGAAAUAAUAUAAAUAGACUGCAAAAUCGUAAGAAUAAAUCAUUCUGCAAGCGAAGAUAGAUAAGCUCUCGAAAAAAGAAAUUUGACAUGGAUUCAAGAUAUUUGUUGAAGCACAUUUCACAAGCUUUCAUUUUGAGUAUAGUCUUCAAAAUGAUUUUAUGUGUGCCUGUUUUAGACAAGACGAAAGUUUCAUCAGGAGAUAACAGAGAGACGAAGGGAAUCUUUGAUAUUAUAUUGAACGUCAACUCGAAAAGAAAUGCCGGCCAUCCAGGAGAUGGAAUAGUGGGUUCAAUUUCAGAUUCAGUAGAGUUAUUCCAAGCCGAUAUCGUUAUGACGAAAAACAUUAAAAAAGCAUUAAAUCAAGGAGGGACUGAUGAAAUAGAUUUUAAACCUCAAAGACGUCAAAAAAGAGCUACUUCCUCCGAUGAUGUAAAAAAAUGGCCAGUUGUCAAAGGCUCACGUCAGGUUCCUUUUGUAAUUGAAUCUUCAAUAAAUGGACCCGUUAAGAAAGUGAUUGAAGAUGCUAUGAAACACUGGACAACAAAUGUACCGUGCAUUACUUUUGUACAAAGAACUAAUCAGAAAGAUUACAUCAGUUUCUUUGCUGGUGAUGGGUGUUUCUCGUGGACUGGACGAAUUGGUGGAAAGCAAGGGGUUUCAAUGGGUUCAGGAUGCGAAAUCAUGGGGAUUGCUGCUCACGAAAUAGGUCACGUUCUUGGUUUUUGGCAUGAGCAAUCCAGGCCAGACCGUGACAAUUAUGUGACAAUCUUAUGGAAUAACAUUAAACCAGGCAAAGAACUGGAGUUCAAAAAAAUUAUAAAUAGUGGCACAGAUGACCUUGGAGUAUCUUACGAUUACAACAGUCUUAUGCAUUAUGGACCAAAAUACUUCUCCAGAUCAGAAUCAUUAAACACGAUGGUGAAACGCGAUGGCAGCAUUGAUUUUGGUAAGGCGACUGCUUUGAGUCCCAACGACAUUGAGCAAGCAAGACUUAUGUAUUGUCCAGGAACCAAUG